GAUGUCUUAAUUCCUGCACAAUUCACAUAAAUCAGGCUAAUCUCACAGAUAUGUUGUCUAGACAUAUAUUUAUUUACUCAGUUUUCUAUUGUCUCUAUAGUAUUCUUAUCAGAAUGCUUGUGUACUUUGUAUUACACAAGAAUAGGAAGUUGAGUUAUACAUUUGGAUACAGUCCCUCAACGAGUGCUGAUUUAACUGUGGUAAUAAUGGCCCUGUAGAAAGAAUUCUUACCACUAAAUGCUUUUUAUCAGCACUCUAAUGGGAUGUCUGGUCUCAUAAUAGGGUGAAUUGGGCUGAAUUGUGGUGACAUUCUGUGUGGGAGUAGACUUAUAUGGGAGGUCUGACUGGGCUGUGGUGGGCCCAGGCAGGAGACAGACUUCUCAUCUCCACAGGAAGUCUGUUCUGUCUGUCUUCCUUGCUGAACAGAUGAGGGGCCGGGAUGGUACCCUACAUUCUCAGGAAUUUGUUCUUUAGAUAAUGUUCCAAAAACUUUGCAAAUAACAGAGUUGGCGAUAAAGAAAGCACAUGUGGAUUCUUCAAUCCUACCGCAUUGUAUGUACUUUAUUCUUUAUUGGCAUAGUUGCAGCAGUGUUUUUGGAACUGGUUCUAAACAACUAAAUAACAUGUUCCUGAAAAUAUAACCUAUUCUAAUGACCAUCCCGAGAGGAGAAGGGCCAUUAGUUGAGGGCCCGAGGCACAGCCAAUGUUCCUCCCAGCAGGGAGACAUCCAAGAGUAGGAGAAACGGGGUACAGUGUUAGAGGAGGAGGCAGCGUUGGCUGUCUCCAGCCCCUAAGGUUAACAGGAUCUUGUCCUGAAGGUCGCUGGGGUGCUCCACAAGGCCACUGGAGACAAUAUCCUGGGUAUUACCGGAAACGACUAAGAAUAGAGAGCAAGGUGGUUGUCGUGCUUUUGGUUUGUGUUUGGACCAGACGAGCCAAAACGGAAGAUAUUUCUAUAGAAGUGUUACGGUUGUGAAGAUAAUGUUCUGGAAGGGAGUGGCACGUGAGGGGAGGGGGGAGGGCACAUUAUAUUUUGAUUUGAUUUUGAUGGUAAAAUGUCUGAGGUUUCUCAGCCUGUCCGUUAUAGAACUUUUCAAGAUUUUGAGUUGUAGGCCUAGCACCUAAAUAGAGAAGACAUAUUUUGUAAGCUUUUCACAAAUGGAGGCUUAAUGUUCUACUGUAUUUUAUUCCAGAUUUUGUUAGUCUUAUUUAUUUUAAAAUAUGUGAUACUGGGCAUAUAGGAUAGACUACCUACACUACAAAAUAAAUGUACUCAUACGUGUUAUUCGAUCAUUUCAACCAAACUGCUUGCACGCGGCAACAGGCGUCUCCAUAGCCAGCCGCUAAAAUAGAACUUGGUUCUAUUUGAGAUGCUUGAUGCGCUCCAAGUCAAGCUUCUCCCAUCUACUCAUUGGUUUUCACGAGCAUACUAACCCACGUGGGUGAUUGGAAUAUGAACGAGGAGAGACUAAUCAAAGAAAACAAACUAAAUAGGUUUCUCAAAUAGUCACCUAAAAAGAAUCCACCUAAAAAGGACCUAAUGUGUUUCAGGUAAAAUAACAACCCAAUGUUUAUCUCCCAGGACAAAUUAGCUCUCUAAAUGUCCAUUAAUGUUUCAUGUGUGCUUUGACCUCUCCCAAAAUUAAUAUAGUUGGUUUUGGUGUUUUAACCUCUGUGUCAUUCAUGCGUCUCGUGGGGAAAGACAAUCAACAUAUGCACGAUGGCACACACGGGGCCAGUUUGAUCAAGGUGUCAGUGUUUCUAUCUUUAUAAUUGAAGUGAUUUACAAGGUGGACCACACUUAAAUGACUAAUCUAACCGCUUAUAAAUUAGAUUACUGCUAAACUGACUUUGGUCUUCUGAGACAACGUGUGUGUUUGCCGGGGUAAUAAAAAUGCUGUCCAAUACCUGCCCUAUGAGAGUUAGAUUAAUUGGACCUGCUUGACAGUGGUGAAAUCAAUAGCAAAGCAAACUCCAGUGUAAUGCAUCAGAGAUUCAGGUGUUAGACCAUGCACGUGAUUGUCAGUCUUUUUUUCAUUUCAUUGCUACACCUUUCAAAUUAAUCAUUUGGUAUUUUCUGAUGGAUGACCUAUCAUGAUGCCAUUGAUUUAUGUUGCUGCCAAUACAGGCUAUGUAGUACACAUCACAUUCAUUCAACGUAGAAUGCUUGUCUUUUCUUUUUUUCUUAUAAUGCCAGAGGCAAGCUAUGGUAGACUUCGUUGAUUUUGAGUGUUAAAUGGCUUAAAGAAUGUAGCCUGUUAUUAAUUGCAGUAGCUAAUCUGUGUUCCAUAUGCCCAUACCAUUUUUUUUAUGGCAUAAUUGGCUCUUUCCAUAUUUUUGUUAUUGUAUUUCAAAUUGGAGGUGGAGCCCACCAUUAUAAAUGGCAAGUAUUUCAGAAAAUGUUUUGCUAUUCUGUAAUUUGAUCAUAAGAACUUGAAAAAAAUUCAUACUUGUGUUCUAUCUAGAACAUUAGGCGAGUACGGACGUCAACUGUCAUUUUUCAAGUGCGAUUCCAAACGGACAGAUAGCAACUGAUGCGUAAAUUUUACUCCAUGGCAUUGGCUUGGCAGGACAAAAGUCAUGCCCGAUGGUUUGGAGGUAAACCAUGAUCCCCAUCACUGAGCUGCGUUACUUCGUAGACUGUCAGCCUGCCUACCGUAUCCUGAAGCCAUGGUGGGACGUCUUCACCGACUACAUCUCUAUCGUCAUGCUCAUGAUCGCCGUGUUCGGCGGCACGCUGCAGGUCACUCAGGACAAGAUGAUCUGCCUGCCCUGCAAGUGGGUGGUCAACCAGACCUGCAGGAGGUAUUUCAAUGCCACCCUGUCGGCCCCGCUGAUGUUGGAGCCCAAAGGGAUCCAAUACAACCUGGACCGCCACCAGUACAACUACGUAGACGCCGUCUGCUACGAGAACCGCCUGCACUGGUUCGCCAAGUACUUCCCCUACCUGGUGCUACUGCACACGCUUAUCUUCCUGGCUUGCAGUAACUUCUGGUUCAAGUUCCCCCGGACUAGCUCCAAACUGGAGCACUUUGUGUCAAUUCUCCUGAAGUGUUUUGACUCUCCCUGGACCACCAGGGCUCUGUCUGAGACGGUGGUGGAGGAGAGCGACCCCAAGCCGAUGAAGAUGAAUGGCUCAAUGGAUAAGAAAGUGUCGUGUAUCAGCGAGGAUGUGGAGGCUAGCGUCCCCAUGCUCCAAAGGACAAAGUCUCGCCUGGAGCAGGGUAUUGUGGAUCGCACAGAGACUGGCGUCCUGGAUAAGAAAGAAGGUGAACAGGCAAAGGCCUUGUUUGAAAAAGUGAAGAAGUUCCGCAUACACGUGGAAGAAGGAGACAUUGUGUACAGGCUUUACAUCCGACAGACUAUUAUCAAAGUCAUUAAGUUCAUUUUGAUUAUCUGCUAUACAGGGUAUUAUGUGCACAAUAUUCAGUUCAGCGUGGACUGUAGUGUGGAUCUAGAGGACCUCACGGGGUAUAGCAUGUAUCGUUGUGCUCAUCCUCUGGCCACGCUGUUUAAGAUCCUAGCUUGUGUCUACAUCAGCUUAGUGGGGGUUUAUGGAUUCAUUUGCAUGUAUACCCUCUGUUGGAUGCUGCGGCGCUCGCUGAAGAAAUACUCCUUUGAGUCGAUACGAGAGGAGAGCAGUUACAGCGACAUACCGGACGUAAAGAACGACUUUGCUUUCAUGCUGCACAUGAUCGACCAGUACGAUCCCCUGUACUCGAAACGCUUUGCCGUCUUCCUGUCUGAAGUGAGCGAGAACAAGCUGCGGCAGCUCAACCUGAACAAUGAGUGGACUCUGGACAAACUGAGGCAGAGGAUCACCAAGAACUCCCAGGAGAAGCUAGAGCUGCACCUGUUCAUGCUGAGCGGCAUCCCAGACACCGUGUUUGAUCUGAUAGAGCUGGAGGUGCUGAAGCUGGAGCUCAUCCCAGACAUCACCAUCCCUCCCAUCAUCGCCCAGCUGGUCAACCUGAAGGAGAUGUGGCUAUACCACACCCCGGCUAAGAUCGAGGCUCCGGCCCUGGCCUUCCUCAGGGAGAACCUCAAGUCCCUCCACAUCAAAUUCACAGACAUCAAGGAGAUCCCUCUGUGGAUCUAUAGUUUGAAGAACCUGAGCGAGCUGCACUUGACGGGGAACCUGAGCGCAGAGAACAAUCGAUAUAUUGUUAUUGAUGGGCUACGGGAGCUGAAGAGGCUCAAGGUCCUCCGGCUAAAGAGCAACUUGACCAAGCUACCUCAGGUGGUGACGGAUGUGGGGGUGCACCUCCAGAAGCUCUCAGUUAACAACGAGGGCACCAAGCUGAUGGUUCUCAACAGCCUGAAGAAGAUGGUGAACCUGACAGAACUGGAGCUGAUACGUUGUGAUCUGGAACGCAUCCCACACUCUAUCUUCAGCCUGCACAACCUGCAGGAGAUUGACCUCAAGGACAACAAUCUGAAGACUAUCGAGGAGAUCAUCAGCUUCCAGCACCUGCACCGUCUGGUCUGCCUUAAACUCUGGUACAACCAGAUUGCCUACAUUCCCAUCCAGAUCGGCACCCUCAACAACAUGGAGAGGCUCUAUCUGAACAGGAACAAGAUUGAUAACAUCCCCAGUCAGCUUUUCUAUUGUCGUAAGCUACGCUUCCUGGACCUGAGCCAUAACAACCUCACCUACAUCCCAGCAGAUGUGGGCUACCUGCAGAACCUCCAGUACCUGGCAGUCACAGCCAACAGAAUUGAGACCCUGCCCAAUGAGCUGUUCCAGUGUAAGAAGCUCCGUACUCUGAACCUGGGGAAUAACUGCCUGACGUCUCUGCCAUCACGCUUCGGGGAGCUGACGGGGCUGAUCCAGCUGGAGCUGAGGGGUAACAGGCUGGAAUGUCUGCCCGUAGAGCUGGGGGAGUGCAAGCAGCUGAAGAGGACGGGCCUGGUGGUGGAGGAGGACCUCUUCAACACCCUGCCCACCGAGGUGAAGGAGCAGCUGUGGAAGGUGGACAAGGAGACGGCCUGAACAGAUGGGGGUUGGAGGUGGAUGUUCACUCCGUUGAAACAGCCAGGGCCCCUGGAGGGCUGGGGAGGACUACACAGACCCAGACAGCACGCUAACCGAGCAGGACCUGCUCACUUUGACUGUACUCUACUGCAGUGUUAAGUUUUACAAGACGUGUGUGGAUUGAAUGAGAUCAGAUGUGUUGCAUAUGAGAUUGCAAAAUGCAAAUGCAAUAUUCCUGUAAGAGAAAGGACUUAAAUAAUUAGCCAGCAGAUGCAUUUUCUGGUGGGCAGUGUUAUUGUCAUUCAGACAGGGUAUAUUAUCCUGUCAUAUCGUAUCGUAACCCAUUUAUAUAACACAAUGCAGUAGACUACCCGUGAUCCAGAUUCUCUAGGGUGCUACGGGAUGUUUGGAGAUUUACGGGAACGGGGCUAUGGGGAAACAUGGGGGAAGGCCUCAGGGCCAUGCUUUUUACAUUUCAGGUGUAGGGAGGGUUUAGUAUUAUUUAUUUUUUAUCGAGUCCUGUAAUUGAUCAAAUGAUGUUUUCUCGGUUUUAGAAUGACUUGCUUACUAUAUAACGAUGUGUGCCCAAUGCUGCCCCAAAACCCUUAUUCUCCUCUGGGCACCCAAUUUCAAGUGACCUAUAGUCUAUUUGCUGUGAUCCCAAUCAAAUGAUCCAUUGCUUAUAGGCCUAGGCUAUACGAAGUGCAUGCUUGGAGAAGCACAAGGCAAAGUUAUAUUUGUAAGAAAAUGAACUUCCUGAAUGUUUUUCGCUGUUCUGAUGGUGUAGAUUAAACUAGACUACACUGCAAUGGAUAUUCCAGUCAAGAACCCUGCCCUGCUCUUGCUGACCAAAACCUGUUUGUGCUAUCUAACCAAUGGCUGUGCAAUGUGGCAGUUCAGGAGGUGAGUCAGAUAUCUUCUGAAAAUAAUUUUUUAUUCCGGAUAAUUUGAGUAGGCCUAAUUAAUUUCAAGUCUUCAUUUUAAUUUGACUUUACUAACAAGAGGGCUUUGUGUUGGAGCCUAUUUCUUCCUAUUUAAGAAAAAGAGGUAGGCCUACCUGUUUGACAGAUGAAAUCAUAGGAUGUUAUAAACAGAUUUUUCUCGGCCAGUUCCUCCACCAACCAUGCACUCUUUAAAAGCAUCUGUCAGUGAAGGACAAAACAUGUCAUCCCUUGACCCACCUAGACCCCUGGGUGUGUUAAGUGAAAACCACGUCUUGAAUUGAGGGGGUAUGUGAGAGUAUGCCAUACCUUUUGUUAAAGAAAAUGGCAAAAAGCAUAGACCUACCCUUUAUUUUUAAGAAAAUAAAACGGACCCUAUUAUAUAAAGCAAUCUAUAAUGGUGCUUUAGUCGGUGAUGCUUUAUGCUAGAAUCGAGCUGUAAAAUACAUGGGAAGGGCGAGACUCCGAUGCAUAUGGGGACGUAUUUGGUUUGUCUCUGACAUUGAGGCUGAGCUACAACCUUCUAUAGCCGACGAGACAAAAAGAAAAUGGACUUUGCUUGGGAAGUAAUCUAAUAUGUGUGAUUCUGUCGCUAUCAAUUGAGCUAUUAAUUUUCUGUAAAAUGUUUAAACUCCAACAGCUUUUAGGGAGGUAUGCAAGGUCAAUGCAUUCCUCUGACACAGCAAAACACAUGAAUAAGAGGAGCCUGCUUGUCAUCAGAAACGUGGAUUAUAACACAGCUGCAAUGAGCAUUACUAUGGAUGAAGACAAGAUUAACAAAAUAUGGUCUUUUUACAAAAGUACAACAAAUGCAUCAUAGGAAUGAUAGCUGGCUAUCGCUAUGUAAACCUGGAAUUGUAUGUCAAUCACUAACUGCUACAGUACUACCUUUGCUCCUUCUAGCCAAAGGUUAAUACAGUAUGAUCCCCGAAAAAGGGAUUAUUUUAAAUAGGCAGUGCAUGGACAUUUUCACAUGUCAGUUAAUGGGAGGAGAGAUGUGAAUAAAAAGUCAAGAAGAUUUAAAGGGAUUUAUUAAACAUAUAUAUUGCACUAGAUGGAUGAAAUCAUCUUAUCUACAGUAAGAGGAUAGUCUUGUAUUACACCGUCAGACAAAUGCACAAAAAGCACAGUGUAGGCUAUUUAUGUUAUUGGAGGUUAUGAUGAAAUGCAAAUGUCCUCAGCAAUGCUGGCGUAGACAAUCAACUCUAUUUUCAUGGUGUAUUUUCAGUGACAUUAUGCAUGUUAUAAUGGAAUUAUGUACAUAUUAAUGCUAGAUUACAUAGAAAGUGAGACAAGACUAACAGUAAAGACCAGAUUAAGCCUAGUCCAGGACUAAAAAACAUUCUCCGUCUCAAUGGAAAUUCGAAUUUGAAAGAGGUUUUUAUUCCAUGACGAGGCUGAAUCUGUCUAGGAAACCGACCCUAGAUGAGUCCUGCCCAUCAUCAAGCGUGGGGUGUCUUGAAGAAACUGUCCCCUUAUGUCCUGUGCAAUGCAGUUUUCAAUAUGGAAACUGCAUUUGAUGCACGGGGUGUUUGUUGAAGUCUGAAUCAAUGUGUAAUCCCAAGGAAACCCAUUUGAAUUUUUUUUAAAUCUACUCUCACUCACUAAAUCAAUCUUAUUGAAGCCACUAUUUUUAGGUAGUUUUAUUGAGUGGUAAAAUGAAAUGCAAGCAAUACUUCAUGAUAUUAAUUUGAAGAACAGUCGCACUUAGACAUUCCAUUUUUCUUCAGUGUUGACAGCUAUUAGUACAGUACACCAAAACCUCAGGAAAUUGCCAUUCAAUUUUAUCCUCCUUUUGUUGACAUUUUUGUUUAUUCCACUCAGUAUUUUGAUGUUAAUUUAACAGUUGUUAUACCACACAUUUUUAUAUUUCUAUACUUUUAAAAAUGUUUUCUGGUUUUUAUUAGCAUUUAAUAUAAUAUGAAUUGCUGGUUCGAAAUUGUCGAACUUUUAAUAAAAUAAAUCUGAAAUCAUACAUCACAUGGGGCAAUUCAUUUCUAUGUCUUCUGUUAGUUACAUUCUGAAACACCGAUUUAACAAUGUUCAAGGUUUCUUUUGGUUCUCACUUGAAUUAAGAGUAUGGAAGGAAAGUAUGUUCUGUUUUUAAUCUUAUUUUUCAUCCUUUCCAACAUGUCAUUUUGACACUUGUUUUUAAAUCUCAUUACUUUGACUGACAACCCCAGUUUAACUUUUCAUUCAGACACAGUGACUAGCAGUCAGUAGUGUAGCACCAGUAUUACAUUUAUAAAAAAUAAAAAAAUAUCAGCACUUUUGGACAAUAACUUUGCUAUUUUGUUUAAAUGACAUGAAUGUUGUGAACUGUGUCUCAUGCUAAUUAUCCCCUUAAGCAUUAUCACCAUUCCCCUCCUUUACUCUUUCAUUCCUGUUAUGAAAUUAUAGUAUAAUAAAUUUAAUUAUGCACAUA